CCCUAUGUACAAGCGACAGUGUCACCACAGUAUACAAGCAUUCAACACAGCAAGAAAAACGCGACCCAACAGUGCCGUGACUUUGUGGUUUAUUUACCAACCACUAAGCCAUUUAAACGAGCCAAAUCUAUCACACGAUAGCUGCUGUGGCGCGCACCCACUCACCGGUGAUGGAUGUGAAGCAGCACCAGACCAGCCAUGAGUCGCACGUCAAGAAAGCACCGAAAAACGGCACUGAGGACGUAGAAACGGAAACCGCUGGUCGGAAGUGUCUCAUGUGCUUGCAGCCGUACGAAGAACUGGGCUCCAUCGAAACCGAAUCGCCGGAAGAGUUAAAGCGAAUAGUUGAUAAUGUAUUUAAAAUUGCCAAAAUAGAGAUAUCUCCAACUGGUGGUAAAAUUGAACCACUCUGCAGCAGCUGUCGUGCCAAGCUCGGUUAUGACUUUGAUGAGGAUGCAUACUACGAAAUGCUAAGCAAAACGUACAGUGAUACAAGCCCUCCCAGCAGUAAUCCGAGCCUGCUGGGUAAUGGACUCCCUGCGCACAUAGGCGCUUCCCAAAUGGGGAAUCCCGAUUCCCCAACCGGACCGCUGAUAGAUGCUGCAUGUGGUACAUUCGUAGUUACCGAGUUCGGCCGAGACGAAGCUGCAGACAAAGCUUCGGAUUUGAAAUGCGUCGUAUGCGCCAAAGUAUUCAACUUCAGAUCCACUCUCCGGCUGCACAUUCGAAGUCACUACAGUACCUCGCAAGAACCGGAACCUCAGAAGCCGCAACGAAAACCUCGAAUGUACGAGUGUGGAGAGUGCAAUAUUAGCUUCAAGCUGAAGUACGACUACGACAAACACCAGGCCAUUCACAACCGUGGAAACCUAUUUCAGUGUGAAAUUUGCUACAAACUAUUCAAACAUAAAUCGUACUAUUUAAUGCACCGGAAUGCGAAACGCUGUAAGGCACUCUCGCUUCCGAUGACCCCGAUGAAUCUCAGCACCAAUUCCGUGGGAAAAAUCAAUUCAGACACUCUCAGUGGUGGUAUCAAACAUACCAGCUAAAAACCAAGUUGACAACAAAAGCGGUACAGCAAAUCAUGUUUUGGAACGAAACAACCUUCCUUCGUUUAAGCCAUAGCAGCAACCACAGUAUAGAAUAUAGAUGUUUUUAAAUAUUUUAGCAUUAGCGGUUAUAGAUGUAUUUGAGACCGGGAAAAUGGCGAGAUUAAUAACCACCUUCCUUUCCCAGCUCUCAAUCAACCAAAUCAUCUUUAUUUAUCAGUUGCCACCAACUUUUAUUUAUUUCGGCAAGUCCGAGUCGUCAAUAAUCUCGCCAACUUUUUCCGGAACUCGACCAACAAUUUCUGGUCUUUUUUAGUCAUUAAUUAUAAACACAUUUAAGCAUACCAAAGCAAAAACUCACAAUAGAAAUCAGUAGAGUUUCAAAUCUUAGUGUAUAAGCCAAUAAAACGGUAAACUAUUUAUUAUCACUUCUGUAUUCCUACUUCACGUGUACCACAACUAUAGAGUUUGAUUGUUAACUGUAACAAUGGAAAAGCAAAACCGUACGAGGGAGCGUAAUUCUCCGUUACACGGUACACUGGAAGAUCCCGUGGAAGAAAACCAACUGUGUCAUUGUGAUGAAAUCAAUUGUGAAAAUAAUACAUUUAAAGUUAUUCAUAGUAUUCUACUUUUUACCUUCAGGAAAAUAAAACAGAAAAGAUCUAUAUCAUCGAAA